UGUCAGAUUGUCGCCAUUGUGAAUUCUUUAUAAAUAAAUUUGUUAAAUCCUUGGAAAAGUGAGUAAUUGCCAUUAUUUAAAUCGUACUUAGUCAUAUCUGGAAAUAUAGAUUGCUUCUACUCUACCAGGAAUUUUCUAGAAAGAGUUUUUUGCAUGUAAUCUGGCGCCUACUUAGCACUUGAUGUGAUGACGGAUUUUUCUAAUUAUCAGGCUGAAUUAUGUAUUUGUAAACAGAGACUACUGAAUUCAGAGUGUUGGAUUCGUCCUUUCCAGGUAUAGAAUGAACGCUGACCCACGUAGGCCUGAUAAAGUUCAAAGGUCAGCAGCACCAGCAUCAGUCAGUCCCUGUAGUCCAGCCGGCGAUGCCCGCCCCAGCCAAGCCUUCGGAUGUGUCGUCCGCUGAGGUGGUGACGAAACAACCGCCGCCUCCCUCUGCACCCGACCCUUCGGAGGACCGUCGCCCUUCCGCAGAUGACCUCGCCUCCAACGUGAUACCCACUAGUCCUCAGUACGGUGUCGCGAUCAUCCCUACCGAAGCCACUCAGCCCGCCCCCGAGUCGGUGACCUCAUCUACGGACGCCGCGCAUCACGCGGGGGCGGUGACGGCCGGCGAUACCGCCUCCAAUUUGAAACCGGCGAAUCCUGUCGCUGAAGCGGAUGUUAAGGAGCUGCAUGCCACGCCUAGCAGAAACGAUAGGUUUAAGGUUGUCAAGAUUGCCAGUUUGGAGCCCUUUAAGAGGGGCCGCUGGAAGUGCAUGGAUUACGUGGACGAAGCCCCGCCGGCUGGUACGGUGAGGAUUCCCCAGUCCGCAGGCAGCAUACAGAUUCAAGGCGGAGCUUACAUGCAGACCCAAAGUCUGCCACAGCAGCAGAUUCAGCAGAUGCUGCUGCAAGGAGGAUUCACCAACGGCACGCAGUUCUUUCAGCCGCAAAUGAUGCCGCAAGGACAGUAUUACUACCCACAGGUACAGACAGGCCAGGGAACAGUUCCUCAGCAGGUACCUAGUACAAUGCCGGCUCAGUUCAUUGGCGCACAGCCUUAUUUCCAAAUACAGAACAGCAUGCCGCAGAAUUUCGCCAAUCUUCAGUAUGUCCCGAUUAACCAGGCGACAGCAUUUGUCCCUACGUCGCAGAUCCCGGCUAACUUCCAGCAGAGUCAAACGUACGCUGGCCAGCCGAACGUGUCGCAGGCAGCGAACGUGGUGCCACCUCUAGUCAACGGUCACAACUUCACGCCACAGACGGAUCAACAACAAGGAAGUUUGCCUACGCAGGCUGUAAAAAGUGUCAUUUUGACGGCGGUGGGGAAUCCCCAGCCACAACCGCAGCAGCAACAGCCUCCGCCCCAACAACAACCACAACCGGUGCAACCUCAAAUUCCCGUGCAAGCCAACCAGUCAGUCACAGUGGUACCUAGCCAGCAGUUCUACCAGCAACAGCCUGUGCCCCAAAAUCCGGUCCAAGCGACCCAGGUGCCUGCUGUUCAACCGGUGCCCAUCCAGUCAGCCGUUUCCCAGACAUUUGACCAGAAUCUUGCGAACAACGUGUACACGAAUCCCCAGUUCGCGAUGAGCGUCAACAGUUUGACGGUGUUGGACCAUGGUGGGGACGCGUUGGCCAAUAGUAACGAAGUCACUGAAACGAACAGUGUCGCGGAUGCUGCCAGUGAGAAUGCAGAUGAUCCAGCUAAAACGAAUCCAGUAGUAAAUGCUAUCGAUAACAAAAUUGAACAGGCUAUGGAUCUAGUGAAAAGCCAUUUGAUGUAUACAGUUCGUGAAGAGGUAGAAGUAUUAAAAGAAAAAAUCGCUGAGCUGAUGGAGCGGAUACAGCAGCUGGAAACAGAAAAUAAUUUCUUAAGGUCGCAGAUACCCAAAACGCAGGUAUCGCAGACUUCGCAAACGCCCACCAGUGCCAGUUCUAGCUUCGUCACAACCACGCAACCCAACCAGCAACAACAGCAGCAAGCACCACAGCCACAACAGCCACCUCAACCGCAACAACAGCAACCGCAACAACCCCAAGGCAACUUCUCAUCGAGCAGUAGCACGCACAGCAGCGUCGCGCAGGCGCAGACGCAUCCUGCAGUGUCGGGGGACGUGCAACAGAAACAGCAACAGUAGGAAUAGGAUAGAAUAUGUGUGUAUAGAGCAACUGAAAGGUUCGGCCAGUAGGCUUUUUGCUUUUACGGUUCUAUUCACUUCGGUUUCAUUUGGAGGUUAAGCAGAAUGCGGUGGAGUAGCUGUGCCCAUUUUCACAAAAUGUUUGUGGAUCGACAAGGCUAUGUGAUCAGAAACGCAGCUAUCAAACGUAUACGUCACUUUUUCAGUAUCCAAUAGGGACAACAGAAUUACGGUAGUGUCGUAACAUGAUUCUAAAAUAUAGACAUGAAUAAUGAAAUGUUAAUAGACUAGGCAAGGCCUACUAUGCGUUCAGUCACUAAGGACAGUAUAGUAAGUUGUUCCUACAGUUGGAGGACGCCUUUAUAGCCUCCUUGAUAUUCAUAGUCUUUCCUCUACUUUAGAAAGGCUGUGAUAUUUCUAGAUUUCUAUUGUUCCGUGUCGGCAUCAGCGCUCUUCUAUUGUGAAGUUAUGUUUUCUUUUUGAAUUGCAGGAAAUUUCAGGCUGAUAACACAUAUGGUAUAAAUCAAAACCAUGAACAAUUUCAUGCAAAUAGACAUUUGUGACAUAAUCUCAAAAUAGAGCACUGGCAUGGAAAAGUAGAAAACUAUGACAAUCAAGGCGGCCAUAAAGGCAUCUUACAAUUGUAGGAAUGACUGACGAUACGGCCCCAAAACAUUUACGCGUCUAAGAAAUCCCAUAGUCUAAUCAUAUUAGCAAAUUUAACCGAAAUAAUUAUGAAGUCUGGUUUUAUUGGUGCAAGUUGUUCAAGGGGGUAUUUAAAACAUGGACGCAUAAAAUGGGUACACCAAUUUUUAUGGGAAAACUUUUUAUUUGAUAAGAAAGAAUGAGUAAAAGUGUUUUUU